CAAAAAGUGGAAUAUUCUCAAGAAUUCAGUAGAAAGUUUGUUUGGUUCUUGAACGAAACUCUCAUGAAAAGAUACUCAUUUAUCGGUUAAUCUUCAAAAGUGGUUAUCCAAUAACCCAAUCUACCCCCUAUCCAACUUAUUUCAAAUCAUUGUAAAUUGAAAGACUAAACACAUCAAAUUGAUAUGUACUGGUUUAAAUUGCAAUGUUUCGCCACGUGGAGACAAGCCAAUUGAGCCAAGUAACGGCAGUCCACCAGCCUACUCAAUCUGUCGUACGGCCAUAACCAUUAGGCCACGUUGUAAAUCAUAUACAUAUUCAAACUCUAUGUAGUGAGGGAAAAGAGAAAGGCCACCUAAGCUCUACCCAACUAUUUUGGAAUUUCUGAAAAUUCACCUUAUUAUAUAUAUAUAUACACCCCUCUACUGCAGCUAUUCAAAAACAAGCCAAAAACAGAACACUUUUUUUUAAAAUUCUCACCAAUCUUCUUCUAAAAAAUGGAAUGGAGAAGAGGCCAUACCAUAGGCCAAGGCUCCUCUGCCUCCGUCUCCGUUGCUAAGUCACGUUUCUCCGAUGAGGUUUUUGCUGUCAAGUCAGUUGAGCUAUCCAAGUCAGAGUUGCUACAAAAGGAGCAGAAAAUUCUGUCCCAAUUGAGCUCACCUUAUGUAGUUAGCUACAAGGGGUGCGAUGUUACUAAAGAGAAGGACAAACUCAUGUUUAAUCUUAUGAUGGAGUACAUGUCCGAGGGUACACUCGUCCAUGAAAAUCGGAAACAUGGUGGUCGGAUCAACGAGCCUUUGAUAGGGUAUUAUGCCAAGCAAAUUGCACAAGGACUAGAGUACCUACAUUCAAGGGGCAUAGCACACUGUGACAUUAAGGGGCAGAACAUUUUGUUAGGUAAAACCGGUGCCAAAAUUGCCGAUUUUGGUUGUGCCAGGUGGAUUGAUCAAGCAGACAGGGUCGUUGGUGCCACGGAGCCAAUUGGUGGGACCCCGAUGUUCAUGGCACCGGAGGUGGCGCGUGGGGGAGAACAGGGGCGUCCGGGUGAUAUUUGGUCAUUGGGAUGUACGCUUAUUGAAAUGGCCACUGGUAGAUCGGCAUGGACUAAUGCCACAAACGCAGCUUCAUUGCUCUACCAAAUUGCAUUUUCUGGGGAAUCCCCAGAAAUUCCAAAAUUCUUGUCUUUAGAAGCAAGGGAUUUCUUAAGCAAAUGCUUGAGAAGAGAUCCAAAAGAAAGAUGGACAGCUAAACAACUCCUCAAACAUCCGUUUCUUGAAGAAUCCAAUUCGAAUUCUAUGUCAACUCAAGAUUUUGUGACAAGUUCGCCGACAAGCAUUCUUGAUCAAGACAUAUGGAAUUCAGUAGAGGAAUCAGAAACAAUGGAUUAUUCAAUUGAAACAGCAAGCUCAGUAGACUCUCCUCUGCAAAGAUUACGAGAAUUGGGUUCAAAUUCAGGAGAAUUGAAGUUCAGAUGGAAUGAUGAUGAGAGAUGGAUCACAGUUAGAAGAAACAGUGAAUACAUCGAUCGAUGACGUCUUGCUGUAAAUUUUGUAGUAUAUAACAGUGUACAGAUAUAUUAACCAAUAAUCUUACAUGAAAUUCAAAAGAUUUUUUUUGUUCUCUCUUUUG